AUGAAACUGCUAGACUGGCUGGUUUAUUGCAAACUAUGGAUGAUAUUUCAAAUCAAACUGACGACGCUACAAGGAGGGGUGGAGAAGAAGAUCACUUCACUUACGACCAUUGUUUACACUGUCAGCUGUGAGAGAUUUGGUGUUCAAGAAUGGAAAAGAGCAGAGGUGGUCCACCAACCUAGUAGGAGACAACAGGAAGUGGCAAAACUCCGGAAGGAGUUAAAGGUAUUGAGGAAACAGUACAGGAAAGCGAAUGAGCUUGAAAGAUACGGACUGCAGCAGCUAAGAUAUGACAUCAGAACAAAGCUAACAACACUACAGAAGGCUGAAAGAUCAAGGGAGAGCAGAAGGGUUACAGCAAAGAAAAGGGCAGCGUUCAUUGCCAACCCCUGCAAGUUUACAUCCUCACUUUUGGGGGGAGAGAGAUCUGGCAGAUUACAGGCCUCGAAGGAAGAGAUAGAACAACAUCUGAGGGAGACACACUCUGAUGCUGGUAAGAACAAGCCUCUUGGAGAGUGUGAGAGAAUACCAUUGGAGGAUGAGCCUACAUUCCAGUUAGACGAGAAAGAACCAACCUGGAAGGAGGUUUUUGAAGUUGUGAAGAAAGCAAGAUCAGGAUCAGCACCUGGACCGAGUGGUAUACCUUACAAAGUAUACAAGAUGUGCCCAAAACUUCUGAAACGGCUCUGGAGGAUUCUGAGGGUGAUUUGGAGGAAAGGGCAAAUUCCGGAAUGCUGGCAGACGGCAGAAGGGAUAUUUGUACCGAAGGAGAAGAACUCUGCGACCAUGAACCAGUUCAGAACCAUAUCACUCUUGAGUGUAGAAGGGAAAAUCUUCUUUGCCAUACUUGCCAGGAGGAUGACGAAGUACAUGACAUCGAAUGAGUACAUCGAUUCUUCUGUGCAGAAAGGAGGAAUUCCAGGAUUCCCUGGAUGUAUUGAACACACCAGCGCAAUCACACAGCUAAUUCGGGAAGCCAAGAUCAAUCAAAGAGACUUGACAGUUGUUUGGUUAGACCUGGCCAAUGCAUACGGUUCUGUCCCCCACCAGUUGAUUUUCAAGGCGCUGGAACAUUACCACAUCCCGGAUCACAUCCAGAAGAUCGUGAAGAGCUACUUCAGCAACAUCAGGCUCCGAUUCACGGUCAGGGAGAUAACAACAUCUUGGCAGACACUUGAGAAGGGUAUUGUAACAGGAUGCACUAUAUCGGUCAUACUCUUUGUGAUGGGGAUGAACCUGAUCAUCAAGGCGGCAGACCGGGAGACUAGGGGACCCAAGACUUCAUCAGGAGUGCGAGUACCACCAAACAGAGGGUUCAUGGACGACCUGACCAUAACAACUACCACCCACGUGCAGGUGCGAUGGAUCCUGUCAGCACUCGAGGAAACAGUUGGAUGGGCAAGGAUGAAGUUUAAACCAAGGAAAUCUCGAUGUGUUGUGAUAAAGAAAGGGAAAGUGACCAGAAAGUUCAAGCUCUCGAUACAGCAGGAGAUCCCAACAAUCGUAGACAAUCCAAUCAAGUGUUUAGGAAAGUGGUUUGAUGCUAGCCUGAAAGACAACAAGAAUAUCAAACGUUUGCAGAACCAGGUGGAAGAAGGUUUGAGGAUAAUUGACAAAUCAGGACUGCCCGACUCCAAAGAUGAGAAGAUCCGGAAUGCUGGAAUUGAGACUCGAACAGGACGCAAGUGGUCAGCAAGCAGUGCGGUACAGGAAGCAGAGAGCAGGCUAAGGCACAGCGACAUCGUUGGGACUACCUGUAUAGGCAAACAGGGGUUAGGGUCAACGCGGGUGGAAAGGUGGGGAACAGCAGACACGGCUGGUAGAAGGAAGAUGGUUCAAGAUAACAUCAGGAAGAUGGAGGAAGAGAUCAGGAAGGUUAAAGCUGUAGAAAUGGGAGCACAGGGAGCAUGGACCAAAUGGGAGACAACGGAAAGACGUCUUACAUGGGCAGAUAUCUGGAAGUUGGAACCAUGUAGAAUCCAGUUCCUCCUGCGAUCAGUGUAUGAUGUCCUACCAACACCUACCAAUCUCCACCGAUGGGGAUGA